AUGCGGCUCCCCGGCCGGCCCGGCCCGCUGCGCACCUCGGCGCGGGGGGCAGCGCGCCCGCCGGGCAGGCCCCGCGCGGCGGCGGCGGCGGCAGCGGCGGCGGCGGCCCGCGGGCGGCCCGGCCGCACCAUGGCCGAGGAGGCCAAGCGGCUCGCGGCGUGCGCCGCCGUGGACAAGCACGUCCAGAACAACCAAGUCCUCGGCAUCGGGAGCGGUUCCACGAUUGUGCAUGCGGUGCAUCGAUUAGCUGAGCGGGUUAAAGAGGAGAACCUCACAAUUGUCUGCAUCCCCACGUCUUUCCAGGCCCGUCAGCUGAUCCUGCAGAAUGGCUUAACACUGAGUGACUUGGACCGACAUCCAGAGCUUGAUGUUGCCAUCGAUGGUGCAGAYGAAGUGGACUGUGACCUCAACCUUAUCAAAGGUGGCGGUGGCUGCUUGACUCAGGAGAAGAUAGUUGCAGGAUAUGCAAAAUGCUUCAUCGUUAUUGCUGAUUACAGGAAAAAAUCCAAGAGCCUCGGGGAGCACUGGAAGAAGGGAAUUCCUAUUGAAGUCAUCCCCAUGGCCUACGUCCCUGUCUCUAGAACCUUGACCAAGAACUUCGGAGGCGCUGCUGAGCUGCGCAUGGCUGUUAGCAAAGCUGGCCCUGUGGUCACGGACAACGGGAACUUCAUCCUGGACUGGAAGUUUGACACCGUGCAUAAGUGGAGUGAAGUGAACACAGCUAUAAAAAUGAUACCAGGUGUGGUGGAGACGGGGCUCUUCAUCGACAUGGCCCAGCAGGUUUACUUCGGCAUGCAGGACGGCUCGGUGAGCGUGCGGGAGCGGCAGCCUCGCUGAGCGCGGCCGCC